AUGACCAACGAGUACGACCUCGCACUGCGCUUCUUUUGCGACUUUGGCGCCGACAUCAAUACCGUCAUGAGCAAUGGACUGACACCGCUGCUCUUUGCGUGUAAGCACGGCCAAAUGGCGUUGGUGCAAGCGCUGCUGGCGUCGCCCUCACGCCAGCGGGACGUCAAAGACCCGCGUGGCAACUCGGCCCACAUGCUUACUUGCUACAGUGACCCGCGCGUGUUCUUCGCGUUGCAGGAGAUGAACGACGAUGAGAUCUUGUCGAGAAACAAGGUCGGUCGCACGAUCUUUCACGUGGCCUGUGAAUAUGGCCGCGAGACGGUGGUCGCUGCGCUUGUACGUCGCUCCCUCCUUGACGUCAAUGCGCCCGAUACGGACGGCAACACGCCGCUGAUGCUCGCCUGCAAGCGCAACCACGGAGCUGUCGUGACGCAGCUUUUGGCACAUCCACGUCUAGCUAUCGAUGCCACCAACAAGGAUGGUCUAACAGCGCUGCAUGAGACCGCCCGCGCAGGUCAUGUACGUCUUCUUCGGUUGCUUCUUGAGUCUACGACGACGACCGUGGAAGCCCGCAGUGCGGCUGGCACCACCCCACUCAUGGAGGCUGUCGACCAGCGCAAGCCUGGCGUCGUGACGUUUCUCUUGCGCCAGCCGACUAUCGACGCCAAUGCCGUCGACAACGACGGCAACACGGCGUUCAUGCGGCACUGCAUGCACAGUGACUACAACGUACUCGAAGCGCUCCUCAGCAGUCCCGAGGUUGACAUCAACCGGCGGAAUCAUGCGGGUAUGACGGCACUGGCGCUGGCGUGCCAUGCGAACGACCCGAUGCUGGCGGCGCAGCUCAUGCAGCUGCCCCAACUGGACGUUGCGACCAUCGACGCAUCGUGUGGCCAUAUCGCACUGGCGGUGGCGUGUGCGCUGCAGUACGAUCAUGUUGUGCGAAAGCUGCUGUCGUCGCCCGAGAUCGACGUCAACUACCGGGAUGCGAGCGGGCUCACGGCGCUAUUGCAAGUGUGCCUCAACCAAGGCAACGUCAAGAUAGUCCAGCUCCUCUUGGAGAAGCCAGAGAUCGACACGAGUGUCCGGGACAAGGCAAUACUGGCAUCGUGCAAGCGCUGCUAG